AUGUCCUCGUUACGCAAGUCGCCACCGGACUUGCUUUCACUGCCCACUGAAAUCCUAGCAAGAAUCUGCAGAUUUGUGGCUCUACUUCCCAUGACUCCCGAAGACUCAGAUCUAGAGCCAAUGCACAUAUCAAAUCUUCGCCUGACUUGUACGCAUCUGUACUCGCCUGCCACCACAGAGUUUGCACGGGUUUAUCUCGACAAGCCGGUCGCCAUGUUCACUCAGUCAAGCCUAGAAGCUCUAGCAGAGUUAUGCAAUCAUCCUCUCAUUGGUGUGCGCGUACAGGAAGUCGUCUUUUAUCCUUUCCGAUUCAACGAGAAUCUUGUCCACCAGCUGGGCCACGAUCUGAGCGCCUCAAUGUUCCAAAGAAACCCGUUAGCCAUAGGACAGACAAGAAAAGAUAUGAAUACUUACCUAGAGUAUCUCGAGGAAGAGUACGAAUUUGAAAGCUCUGGCAAAGCCGCAGAACUUCUCAACGAAGUCUUUUGCUCGCUCCUUUCCCACGACAAGUCUGUCAGCAUAAGCUUCCCAGGAAACAACAUGAGAACCCUGGAAAGAAGAACGAGUUGGAAAUCAUUGCGACCCAUGGGCUUUCUCACUGCCACCAAUAAGUUCACACGCUCCGAAGAAGACGUUCGGGACAAUGUACUCAAUCAAGACGGACUGGCUUUCAGUCUCAUGAAGAUGCUCCAAGCGGUCGUUGCGAGCGGCUGUAAAGUGUCAAGUCUCAGUCUGCAGACACCAGGUGAAUAUUGGCGUGACUUGCACCUUGGCCGUUCUGCAAUUGAGACUGUAUCCAAGGCGUUGACUGCGUUGAAGAACAUCAAGAUCGAUUUGCACGGUCGUCCUCUGCUGCGUGGCUUGGAAAGUGUUCUUCGGGCAACAUUGCCUCAUGCUAGAGGUCUGGAGAAACUCUACUUGACUACAUUUGACCAGAAUCAGCCAGGGACUACCUACGCAUAUGAAGAAUCCUGUGAUUCCUUUCUCAACUCGGCAACCCAGGUACUUGGGUCGAUCACAUCCGAUGCUCUCGCUCAUGUCCAUCUGGAAGGUAUAUCGAUUCGUGCAACAGAUCUUCUGUGGUUUCUGGAGAAACACAAGCAUACUUUGAAGGAGUUGGCAAUCAUCAAAGCUCCACUGAUCGGAGAUUGGAAUGACCUCUUGAUGUGGAUCGGACAAAACCUCCAUUUUGAGAAGCUGUGCAUACUGAUUAUGCUUACUAUGGAGCAGCCUAUGAAUGGUAUGGUGGUCAAAGCAUCUCCGUGGUUUUCUGGCGGUUUUGGAGCCAAUGGGAGAGAUGCAGUAUGUCUCGAAACGAAGGAAUUCCUAGACUACCUGAAGAGAUGGUUCGCAGGAGAUCAGGACCUUGAUCGUGAGGAGUAUUGGCUCGACGCUGAUGACAUUCAGUAUCUCCGUGGAGAAUUCAUGGGCUCAGAUUAA